AUGUUUGUAUAUAACAUUAAACCUGGAUCUAGUGAAGAAGAAGAGGAAGAAGAUGUGAUGGACAUUUUGCAGAAAAGGCGAGAAGAAUGCGAACGCAAAGCAAGAAGGGGGGAGAUGGACCCCCGUUUGGAGUUCACAUUCCAACUCCUCAUCGACGGGACGGGACUGCCAAGACAUGCCAUCAUGGAUCAUGUUUUCGAAGGAAACAUGUUAGACGAUAUCAACCAGCUUUUCCUCCCCCACAUGAGGAAUAAACUUCUAUGGUAUUACCAAGAUGUGGAAGAAGUCGAGCAGCGCUUGCCAGUGGAGGGAACAAAGCCUCGACAGCAAGGUCAGGCGAAACUACCGCCCCCGCAGGUCACACUCAAGAAGAAAUUGUUUCUAUCAGAUGGUUGGGACGUGAAGUUCACUGGAAUAUGUAUUUACAUGUUCAGAAUUAACGUCAGCAAACAGUUACCUGAAGAAGGCUUCCACAAAGACUUGUUUUGUGGAAUUUUAAACGCGGGCAAAGUAGGAUUGGUGACGGCUAUAGAACGUAUUAUGGAACACGUAUACAUGAACGCCCUGGCUCAUCCGAGCAUAUGUGAAGACGUUUGCAAUCAAGUAAAUUUAUUUGACGAUGGCAAAGCUUUAAUGGCUAACUUACAAGAUCAUAACGAACUAAAGGAGAUGACUAAAAAUCCUAAUACUAUAACGAUGCUAGAAGAAAGGGUCGAUGAGUGGGUGAAAAAAAUUAUGGAGAUACUCAGUGAGAGUGAGCAACUGCGACGCGAAGUAGAUUCCAGCGGGCCACAGGACGAACUUGAAUACUGGAAGAAAAGAGGAGCCCAAUUUUCACAGCUGGUGUCGUACUUGCAGGAUAAUGAAGUUCAACUAACCCUGACCUGUUUACAACUGGCUAAUUCAAGAUCAAUUAAACUUUGGCGCGACACAGAUCAUAAAAUUACAUUUUGCUACAAUGAAGCGAAGGAUAAUGCUAAGUUUAUUCAAGCCAUGGAAAAAUGUUGUCAUUCCCUUUACCUGGACGAUCCUGUUAAGAUUAACGACUCAAUACUCAGCCUGUUACAAACCGUCCGGUUGAUACACAGCGUAUCUCAAUUUUACAACACCUCGGAAAGAAUAUCCUCCUUAAUGGUCAAAAUAACGAAUCAAAUGAUUGAAACUUGUAAGCAGUACAUCACAAAUCGUUUUAAAGAAACUAUUUGGUCACAAGAACGUGUGGUGGUUCGCGAGAAACUUUUGCAUUGCAUCAACUUGAACAAAACUUAUAGGGAUACAUACAUUUACGUGAAGAAUCAACCUUUUUUACCUAACGUCGAACAGUUUAGCUUCUCCGAAAACUACGUGUUUGGUAAAUUCGAUACUUUCUGCAAGAGGUUGAAUAAAAUCAUAGCAAUGUUCGAUAUGAUGGACGAUUACAAUAACUUAUUUGAAAAGAGGAUGGAGGGAUUAUUACUUGGCGAAGAUUUGGAAGAUGCUAUGCAUGCUUUCCAAGAAGCUAAGAAAGCGGUCACCACGUGUCACUAUGAUUAUUUAGAUUAUAGGAACAAUGAAUUUGACAAGGACUAUCAAACAUUUGAGGCAAAAACUAACACCCUCCGGGAAUCGAUUGGGAAUACAAUAGAAGUGAACUUCGCAAGUGUAUGGGAAACGCCACAAGGGAUAAAAUUUUUGACAAGAUUUGAAAAGGUCAGUCAAAAAAUUUUAAUAACAAAAUUGAACGAAAAAUAUGACAGAGUUUUAAAAUACUGCGAAAAGGAAGUGGACAAAAUAAUGAAAAUGUUUAAACGUCAAAAAGAUGAUCCACCUUUGCCAAGAAAUUAUUCACCAAUAGCAGGUCGCAUAAAGUGGGCACGAUGUUUGAUGCACAAUAUGACGGAGACGGUGGAGAGCGUGUGCGCGCACCCCGUGCUACGUGCGCUCCCCGCUGCUGCCGACAUGAUGCGCAAGUACGCGUCUACGCGCACGCUCAUUCACAACUACGAAGAUAAUAUGCGCGCCGUUUGGAUGAACCAGAACUUAUGCGAUGUUGAUGACAGUCUCAAUAACACUUUAUUAAAAAUUGAUGAAUCCGGUCGUGUAGCUGUCAAUUUGGACCAUACUAUCAAACUAUUGAUAAGAGAGUCAGACUGUCUUGUCAAAAUGGACAUCGACUUGCCCAUCGUGUGUCACUCUCUGUAUGCGAAAAAGAACUAUUUUACAAUCGUCAAUGAUUCAUUGCAGUUUUUGCUGGAAGAUUAUCUCGCGACGCUGCGUCGUGUUAAGUUAGAAGUGAGACCACUUUUCCUACCUCAAGUAGUCCGACUUUCCUCCCUCCUCCUUCCGGGCUUGAAGACAGUAACGUGGACCAGUGAGGAUUGGAAGGAGUUCAUUGACCGCGCCAAUUCGGCCAUCAAAAGUUUUGAUGUGUUGGUGACGAGAGUGCAUGAUAUAUAUUCGAAUAGAAUCAUUUAUGUACUUGCUGGAAUGCAGGAAGUUUCCUUGGUGAAUUUACCAGAAGAAGUCCCUUGGUCCAUGGAGGAGUUUAUCGAGCACGUAGAAUCUGGAAGUCGCAACGCAUGCAUUGAGUUGAACCGAAAGAGCUUGAUGGUGGAAGAAGCUGUCGAAGAGGUUCUGGACUUGGUGAAGAAGGCGGCUCAGCAAAUCAAGCCGACAGAAAUAAACCCCGACUUCGAGUUCCUCAUUGGUGAAGACGAGAUGCAAACUGGGAGCGGUGCAGCGUCCACUAUGAACGAGUCGACGAGCAGUGGCCAACAAGACUGGUCUGCGGUAUGGGAGUGCUUCGACAACCCUCACAAGUUGCUCUCUACACCCGCUGGUGGACUCUCUAAAGGCAUGCAGGAAAUGGUGAAGAAUGCAGUGAGUGAAAUGCGUCGAUACUAUAGUAGAAAAGUAAUAGACGUGCUCAUCAAAGUGACACGACGAGGUCUGGACCUUAUUAUCAAACAAUUCUCUAAGGAUAACGAAGCUAGUAAAAAGAAACCAAUGUUUCUUCUACAAGCUACGCUGAUGAUACCAAAUGUGUCAGUUAAACCAACACUUGAAGAAAUUCAAGAGGUUUUAGUUCUUGCUGGAAAACUCAUCUCAGGGUUAUCAAAAGGCGUCUCACAGUGGAGUGGGGGAAAAACAUCCAGGGUUCAAUCAGUAAACAACAUGGCGACAAAAUCAAUGAGACUGGGUGAAGCGGCAAAAUUAAAAAAGAAGAAAUACUACAGAUUGGAAUCAGAGGAGAAACCGGUGUUUCCAUUGCAACAGAAAAAUUUCUACAGUCACGUUAUGGAGAACAAAGAGAUUAUCAAAACUUUGUCAUUAUUAUCAACGUGUACGCAAAAUGUUAAGAUUGAAUUGAAUACGCUUGUUAAACGCUGGAGACCAUAUCACUAUUUAUGGAAAUGUGAGAAAACUCUUCGUCAAUUAUUAGCAUGGACAUUAAAUGAUUUUGAAAUUGCUUUGAAGAGACAUAGCGAAUUAGAAGCAAAGCUUUAUACGGAACCUGAUGUGUUGAUUAUAGGAAAUUGCUUGGCAGUGUCAACAGAGAAGCUAAAAUUAGGUCUGAACACAGAACUUAAAAAUGGUACGUACAGAAUAAGUCAAGCGAUGCGCAAGAAAUACAAACGCGAAAUGGACUACGUUUACGCUAUAAUGAACGAUUUGGAGCGCAAGCUAGAGAGGCCAAUAAGGGAUUUAGACGAUGUUAGAACUGUUAUGGAAACGUUGAAGAAAAUCCGAGAGCAAGAAGUUGAUAUGGAACUCAAGAUUGAUCCGGUUGAGGAAGCGUUUAACGUUAUCACCCGUUACGAGCUUCCAGUAAGCAAAGAGGAUAUGGAGCAAGUUGACAAUCUUCGGUACACUUGGCAACAGUUGCAGGCGACCGCUCUCGCUUCCCACGUGCAACUGCUCAAGAUGCAGCCGCAGUUCGAAGACGACCUCAAAAACAAUUUGGAUAGGUUUCGCGAUGAUAAUACUGAUUACUGCCACGAGUACCGGCACGCUGGUCCGAUGCAACCGGGCUUGAGCCCUCGUGAGGCCUCCGACCGCUUAAUAUUAUUCCAGAAUCGAUUUGACGGUAUGUGGAGAAAACUGCAGACGUAUCAAAACGGAGAAGAAUUGUUCGGUUUGCCUCACACUGAGUAUCCAGAACUAGCGCAAAUCAGAAAGGAACUAAAUUUACUUCAAAAACUUUACAAGCUCUACAAUGACGUGAUAGAUAGAGUGAGCAGUUACUACGAUAUACCCUGGGGUGAGGUAAACAUUGAAGAAAUUAACAACGAACUCAUGGAGUUUCAAAAUAGAUGUAGGAAAUUACCUAAAGGAUUAAAGGAAUGGCCAGCAUUCUAUGCGUUGAAGAAAACAAUUGAUGAUUUUAACGAUAUGUGCCCUCUUCUCGAGUUGAUGGCAAAUAAAGCGAUGAAGCCGCGUCACUGGCAGCGGAUCAUGGAAGUCACCAAAUAUAAUUUUGAACUGGAUAACGAAGAUUUUUGCUUGAAAAACAUUUUAGAAGCACCAUUGCUUCAAAACAAAGAGGAUAUUGAGGAUAUUUGUAUAUCCGCGAUGAAGGAAAAGGAUAUAGAAGCAAAGUUGCGUCAAGUUACAAAUGAGUGGUCCGUGCACGAACUCACUUUCCAGACAUUUAACAAUCGUGGUGAGCUACUUCUUCGAGGCGACACCACAGCUGAGACAAUCGGUCAGCUUGAAGACAGUCUUAUGAUCUUAGGAUCUCUUUUAUCUAACAGAUACAACGCACCAUUCAGAAAGCAGAUACAACAGUGGCUGUUCGACUUGCAGAGCACAAAUGAGAUUCUUGAACGAUGGCUGCUCGUGCAAAAUAUGUGGGUGUACCUGGAGGCAGUCUUUGUUGGUGGCGAUAUUGCAAAACAGCUACCAAAAGAAGCCAAGCGUUUUUCUAAAAUUGACAAAUCCUGGCAAAAGAUCAUGCAACGAGCUCACGAGACUCCCGGCGUUGUUUCCUGCUGCGUUGGAGAUGAUCUCCUGCGACAACUUCUGCCCCAUUUGCAGGAGCAAUUGGAACUCUGCCAAAAAAGUUUAAGCGGUUAUUUGGAAAAGAAGAGAACUAUGUUUCCUAGAUUCUUCUUUGUGUCGGAUCCAGCCUUACUUGAGAUUCUGGGCCAGGCAUCGGAUUCACAUACGAUACAAAAUCAUUUACUAUCAAUAUUUGACAAUAUUAGAUACGUGAAAUUUCACGACAUAGAGUACAACAAAAUGAUUGCAAUCGUGUCAUCAGAAGGUGAAGAAAUCAAACUCGAGAGACCGGUACGAGCUGAAGGCUCUGUAGAAACUUGGUUGACUUCGCUACUGCAAUCUGCCCAAAGUAGUCUUCACUCGAUUAUACGUAAUGCUGUGUCAGUUCUCAAUGACCCCUCUUUCAAUUUGUUGCUGUUUCUUGAUAAAAUGCCAGCUCAGGUCGGACUGCUAGGAAUACAAAUAAUUUGGACACGGGACGCAGAAUUAGCUCUGAUGCAAGCUCGACAAGAUAAGAAGAUAAUGAUGGAAACUAACAACAAAUUUUUGGAACUUUUAAACACUCUCAUAGACCAAACAACAAGAGACCUGCAGAAAAUUGAGCGCAUUAAAUUUGAAACCCUUAUCACUAUACAUGUCCACCAAAGAGAUAUAUUUGAUAUGUUGUGCCGUCUCAACGUGCGAUCGGCGAAUGACUUUGAGUGGCUAAAGCAAUGUCGCUUCUAUUUCAAAGAAGACGCAGACAAGACAUGGAUCUCGGUAACAGACGUUACUUUCGCUUACCAAAAUGAAUAUUUGGGCUGUACCGAAAGACUUGUCAUCACGCCGUUGACAGACCGAUGCUACAUAACGUUAGCUCAAGCAUUGGCUAUGAGCAUGGGCGGUGCGCCUUGCGGUCCCGCCGGCACUGGGAAAACAGAAACUGUCAAAGAUAUGGGCAAAACCUUGGCUAAAUAUGUCGUCGUCUUCAACUGUUCCGAUCAAAUGGAUUACAGAGGCCUUGGGCGUAUUUAUAAAGGUUUAGCACAAUCGGGCUCUUGGGGCUGUUUUGAUGAGUUCAAUCGUAUCGAGCUGCCUGUAUUGUCAGUGGCCGCGCAACAAGUUGCCGUCGUGCUGGCAGCUAAGAAAGAAAAGAAGAAGACCUUUUUGUUCACGGACGGAGACAUGUCCGAUAUGUGCCCGGAGUUUGGUAUAUUUAUUACAAUGAACCCGGGCUACGCUGGACGUAAAGAGCUUCCGGAAAAUCUGAAGAUACAAUUCCGUACAGUAGCUAUGAUGGUGCCAGACAGACAAAUCAUCAUCAGGGUAAAGUUGGCUUCAUGCGGCUUUCUUGAGAAUAUCACACUUGCUCGAAAGUUUUACACGCUUUACAAAUUGUGUGAGGAACAGUUAACAAAACAGGUGCACUAUGAUUUUGGACUUCGAAACAUUCUAUCAGUUUUGAGAACUCUAGGCGCUGUAAAGCGAGUUAAUUCAAAAGACAAUGAAAGUACAAUCGUGAUGCGUGUCCUACGAGAUAUGAACUUAUCAAAAUUAAUAGACGAAGAUGAGCCAUUAUUUAUAUCUUUGGUAGCUGAUCUAUUUCCUAAUCAAGUAUUGGAGAAAACUACAUACCCCGAACUAGAAGACGCAAUUAAGAAACAAGUUGAUCAAGCAGGUUUAAUCUAUCAUCCACCAUGGGUGUUGAAAAUUAUACAGCUUUACGAGACACAAAGGGUGCGACAUGGCAUUAUGACCCUGGGUCCACCUGGCGCUGGGAAAACAACGUGUAUUCAUACCUUGAUGACUGCUUUAUCUAACAUAGAAGACCCACACAGAGAAAUGCGUAUGAAUCCUAAAGCUAUAACCGCGGCACAAAUGUUUGGACGUCUAGAUGUUGCCACCAACGACUGGACCGACGGUAUAUUCUCAGCUUUAUGGCGAAAAACAUUAAAAAUUAAAACCGGCGAACAUAUUUGGUUGGUCCUAGACGGUCCCGUAGACAGCAUAUGGAUUGAAAACUUGAAUUCAGUUCUUGAUGAUAAUAAGACACUAACUUUGGCUAAUGGUGAUCGUUUGACAAUGUCUCCAACUUCAAAGAUUAUUUUCGAACCAGAAAAUAUCGAUAAUGCCUCUCCUGCAACGGUUUCUCGUAACGGAAUGGUGUACAUGAGCUCUUCAGGUUUGGAUUGGGAGCCAGUUCUUAGCGCCUGGCUUAUGACAAGAUCCCAGAGGGAAAUAGAAGUUUUUAGUGCUCUAUUUGAACAGACUUUCCUAAGUACCUACACAUGGUGUACUCAGAAUCUUACCUUCAGUAUGCGAGUACUUCAAACCAACAUCGUUUUUCAAAUACUUAAUAUAUUAGAAGGUCUAGUUCCACCGCAGAUCGUAGAAGUAGAAGAACCUUCAGCAAAUAAAUCGGUAAAUGGUGACUUAGAUGACGAAGACGAAAAGGAAAAAUCGGAAGAAAUUAUUCUCUUUACGCAUGAACAUUUGCACAAAAUUUAUAUUUUUGCAUUAAUAUGGGGAUUUGGAUCACUUCUUGAAACAGAAGAUAGAGCUAGGUUUGAUAGGCACAUUAAGACAUCUUUCGUAGAUAUACUGGAACUACCAAAACAUCCAAGUAAUAAACCUAGUAUUUUGUUUGACUUUUAUGUGAAACAUCCUGGUAAAUGGGAGUUAUGGGAUGAUUUGAUGACUAACUAUCAAUAUCCUGACACCGCAACACCCGAUUACUCUAGUAUUCUAGUUCCAAUCGUAGAUAACGUGAGAAUUAAUUAUCUAAUACAUUGUAUUGCAAAACAAGGAAAAGCAGUACUUCUUUUGGGCGAACAAGGUUCAGCGAAAACGGUUAUGAUGAAAGCCUAUAUGAAAAAUGCUAACCCAGAACAAUUUAUGGGUCGUUCAUUUAAUUUUUCCUCUGCAACGAGUCCUUAUCAAUUCCAAAAAACCAUAGAAAGCUACGUUGAAAAACGCAGUGGUAUGACUUUUGGUCCGCCAGGAGGCAAAAAAAUGUUAGUGUUUAUAGAUGACAUAAAUCUUCCACAAAUAAAUGAAUGGGGUGAUCAAAUAACAAAUGAAAUUGUUAGGCAAACAAUGAGUAUGGGAGGAUUUUAUAGUUUGGAAAAACCUGGAGAUUUUACUACAAUUGUCGAUAUUCAAUUCUUAGGUGCUAUGGGACAGCCAGGUGGAGGACGGAAUGAUAUUCCAGCUCGUUUGAAGAGACAAUUUUCUAUUUUUAACUGUCCCUUGCCUAACAAUGAAUCGAUAGAUAAAAUUUUCAAGGUUAUAGGUGAAGGUCAUUAUAAUGUAAAACGUGGUUUUACUGCAGAAGUAAGAUCUCUUAUAAAACGUGUUAUACCUUUAACAAGAGAACUAUGGACGCGAACACGACAGAAACUUUUACCUACACCAGCUAAGUUCCAUUAUGUAUUUUCGUUAAGAGAUUUGUCAAGAGUUUGGCAGGGUAUGGUAGGGACCUUGCCGACUGUAAUAGAAUCGGAAAAGUGUCUAAUGCUAUUAUGGAAACACGAAUGUUCCCGCGUGUUUUCAGACAGGUUUACACAUCAAGCUGAUAAAGAUUGGUUCAAUGUAGCCCUAUACGACAUUACUACAGAAGUAUUGGGAGUGGAAUACAAAAAAAUGAUGGAUAAAGAUCCUGUAUUUGUUGAUUUUAUGAGGGAUGCUCCGGAACCAACUGGUGAAGAAGGUGAAGAUGCUGAUAUGGAGUUGCCGAAAGUUUAUGAGCCGGUGUUUGAUUUUGAUGAAUUACGAGACAGAUUAGACAUGUUUCUUUCACAAUUCAAUGAAAUGGUGAGGGGCUCUGGAAUGGAUUUGGUAUUUUUCCCUGAUGCGAUGCUUCAUUUAGUAAAAAUAUCUCGAGUUAUAAGACACCCUAGAGGUAAUGUAAUGCUAGUGGGUGUAGGAGGGUCUGGAAAGCAAUCGCUGACAAAACUAUCAACUUUUAUUGCUGGAUAUCGUUCCUUUCAAAUAGCUUUAACAAGGUCCUACAACGUUGGAAACUUUUUAGAAGACCUUAAGUUAUUAUAUAGAUCAUGUGGUGUACAAGGUAAAGGAACAACGUUUAUAUUUACUGAUUUGGACAUUAAAGAAGAAGGUUUUUUGGAAUACUUAAAUAAUAUAUUAUCUUCUGGGGUCAUAUCUAAUUUGUUUACCAAGGAUGAACAGCAAGAAAUUAUUUCGGAACUAACACCAAUUAUGAAGAGGGAAAACCAGAAGAGGACUUUAACUAAUGAACUAGUAAUGGAGUAUUUUCUUAACAGAACCUGUCAAAAUCUUCAUGUUGUUUUAUGUUUCUCGCCUGUAAGUGAAGCAUUUAGGUAUCGAGCAUUACGUUUUCCUGCUCUUAUAUCUGGUUGUACUAUCGACUGGUUUCAACCUUGGCCAAAAGAUGCUCUAGUAUCUGUUGCGGACCAUUUUCUCGCUGAAUUUGAGAUAGAAUGCACGAAAGAAGUAAAAAAGGAACUCGUAACAGUCCUAGGAACGAUUCAAGAUGUUGUAUCUCAAGUGUCUACGGACUAUUUUCAACGGUUCAGAAGGUCGUCUCACGUCACACCAAAAUCAUAUCUUAGUUUUAUAGGAGGUUACAAAACUAUUUAUCAGAUGAAGCAAAAAGAACUAGGGGACGGAGCACUGAGAAUGGAUACUGGAUUAGAAAAGCUUCGUGAAGCUUCCAUUUCUGUGGAAGUUUUAAAGAAAGAUUUAGCGGUUAUGGAACAAGAUUUAGCUUUAGCAUCUGAAAAAGCUGACCGAGUACUAACUGAAGUUACUGAAAGGGCUAUGCAAGCAGAGAUAGUAAAAAAUCAAGUGCAAAUAGUUAAAGAAAAGGCCGAAGCUUUAGUAGCUUACAUCGCUGAAGAAAAAGAGAAAGCUGAAAUUAAAUUAGAAGCAGCUAAACCGGCACUUGAAGAAGCAGAAGCGGCGCUUAAUACGAUAAAACCAGCACACAUUGCUACAGUCAGAAAAUUAGGUCGGCCACCGCAUCUUAUUAUGAGAAUCAUGGAUUGUGUACUAAUUUUAUUUCAACGCAGAUUGCAUCCAUUAAUACCAGAUACUGCUGCACCUUGCCCGAAACCUUCGUGGGCCGAGUCACUUAAGAUGAUGGCGAGUACAACAUUUCUUCUACAAUUACAAAACUAUCCAAAAGAUAUUAUCAAUAAUGAAAUGGUAGAGCAUUUAGUUCCUUAUUUUGAAAUGGAAGACUAUAAUAUGGAUACUGCUAAACGUGUUUGCGGAGACGUUGCUGGUUUACUCUCCUGGACAAAAGCAAUGGCGUUCUUUCACAGCGUUAAUAAGGAAGUUUUGCCUCUGAAGGCAAAUCUUUUAUUGCAAGAAGCAAGAUUAAAGGUUGCUAUGGAAGAUUUAGCAUCUGCAGAAAGACAACUGGAAGAGAGAGAAUUGUCGCUACGAAAAGUCAAGGAACAGUAUGAGUCAGCAGUAUCUGAGAAACAACAACUAACAGACGCCGCCAAUGUUUGUCUGAGGAAAAUGACAGCUGCUACAGCCUUGAUAAAUGGCCUAGGAGGCGAAAAAAUAAGAUGGACACAACAAAGUAAAGAUUUUAAAGAGCAACUUGGUAGAUUGGUUGGUGAUGUUGUUCUGGCUACAGGAUUUUUAUCAUAUUGUGGACCGUACAAUCAAGAAUUCCGAAAUAGCCUGUUUCACACCUGGAUGGGAAUUCUUCAGAGUAAACAUAUACCAGUCACAGAUAAUUUAAACAUAACAAAUAUGUUAGUAGAAAGUGCCACUAUAUCUGAGUGGACUCUUCAAGGUCUACCAAAUGAUGAACUUUCCGUUCAAAAUGCUUUAAUUGUUACAAAGUCUAGCUCAUAUCCGCUGUUAGUUGAUCCUCAAAGCCAAGGUAAAAAUUGGAUUAAGAAUAAAGAGAGCACAAACGAACUUCAAAUUACUUCAUUAAAUCACAAGUAUUUUAGAACACACCUUGAAGAUAGUUUAUCUCUCGGAAGACCACUUUUGAUUGAGGAUGUAGGUGUAGAACUAGAUCCAGUCAUAGAUAAUGUUUUAGAAAAGAAUUUCAUCAAAUCAGGUUCUAUUGAAAAAGUUAUAGUAGGUGAUAAGGAAUGUGACGUUAUGCCGGGAUUUAUGCUUUAUAUAACAACAAAAUUACCAAAUCCCGCUUACUCGCCAGAAAUAAGUGCAAAAACAUCGAUCAUAGAUUUCACAGUCACAAUGCAAGGUCUGGAGGACCAAUUGUUGGGUCGAGUUAUACUGAUGGAAAAAUCAGAUUUGGAAGAAGAACGGGUUGCUCUUUUUGAAUCAGUGAUGAAAAAUCAAAGGAGUAUGAAAGAGUUGGAAAGCAAUUUGUUAUGUCGACUAACAUCAUCCGAAGGAUCGCUAGUAGAUGAUGAAGCGUUAAUUCAAGUAUUACAGAUAACUAAAACCACAGCUGAAGAAGUGAAUGAAAAGUUGAUAGUGGCUGAAGUGACCGAAAAGAAAAUCGUCAAAGCUAGAGAGGAAUUUAGAGCGGUUGCUGCUAGAGGCUCUAUUUUAUAUUUUUUGAUUGUUGAAAUGAGUGAUGUAAACAUUAUGUACCAAAAUUCUUUGAAGCAAUUCCUAAAUAUAUUUGAUAAUUCUAUAACUAAGUCAACAAAGAGCAAUGUUACCGAGGAAAGAAUAACCUUGAUACUGAAAUACCUUACACAUGAAGUAUGGGCCUUCACUUUGCGAAGUUUAUACGAGAGACACAAGGCUCUGUUUACUUUGAUGUUAGCCAUGAAAAUAGACUGCCAUCGAGGUCUUAUAUCUCAUGACGAAUUCAUGGCUUUUGUAAAGGGUGGUGCAUCACUUGACUUGAAUGCUGUUACUCCAAAGCCAUUUAAAUGGAUUUUGGAUAUAACAUGGCUUAAUUUGGUUGAGAUUAGUAAAUUGAAAAUAUUUUCAGACGUUCUUCAAAAAAUAGCAACAAAUGAAAAAGAAUGGCGGGUGUGGUAUGAAAAGGCAAAACCGGAGGAAGAGAUGAUUCCAUCCGGUUACAACGAAAGCCUCGAUGUUUUUCGCAAAUUACUGCUAAUAAGAUCCUGGAGUCCUGACCGAACUUUGUCACAAGCGCGAAAGUAUAUAGUCGAUUCGCUCGGUACUGAAUACGGCGAAGGGCGAAUACUAAACCUCGAAAGUACUUGGCAAGAAUCUGAACCUCGAACACCGCUCAUUUGCAUACUCUCAAUCGGGUCAGAUCCUUCUGCCCAAAUUGCGACAUUGGCUAAGUCAAAAGAUAUUGUUUUGAAAGCCGUCUCAAUGGGCCAGGGCCAAGAAAUCGUAGCCCGUAAGAUGAUUUCGGACUCCAUGAGUGAAGGAGGCUGGGUGUUAUUGCAAAAUAUUCAUUUGUCUCUACCGUUUUGCGUCGAAGCUAUGGAUGCCCUGAUUGAAACUGAACAUAUGCAAGAAUCUUUUCGACUUUGGCUCACAACUGAAGUGCACACAGAUUUUCCGAUAGGUUUGCUGCAGAUGGCAAUUAAAUUCACUAAUGAGCCACCUCAAGGAAUACGAGCCAGCAUGAAAAGAACUUACCAAAAUAUCACCCAAGAUACAUUAGAUUAUUCUUCACUAUCGCAAUGGCCUCCGCUCCUGUAUGCUGUUGCAUUUUUGCACACUAUCGUACAAGAAAGAAGGAAAUUCGGGCCUUUGGGGUGGAAUAUUCCUUAUGAGUUUAAUCAAGCGGAUUAUGCAGCGAGCGUCCAAUUUAUUCAGAACCAUUUGGACGAAAUCGACCCAAAGAAAGGAAUUUCAUGGCCUACUAUUUGUUACAUGCUGGGAGAGGUACAAUACGGUGGUCGGGUGACGGAUGAUUUCGACAAACGUUUACUGACCACAUUUACCAACGUAUGGUUUUGCGACGUGCUUCUAAGACCAGGUUUUGAAUUCUACAAAGGUUACAAAGUGCCACAAACGAGGAAUAUACAAGGAUACGUAGAUUACAUAAACCAAUUACCUUUGACUGAUACUCCUGAAGUAUUUGGAUUGCAUGGUAACGCAGAUAUUACAUAUCAGAUAAACAGUGCUAAAGAUAUUUUGGAUACUAUACUUAGUGUUCAACCUAAAGAAGGAGGCAGUCAGGGAGGCGAAACUAGAGAAAGUAUAGUAUAUCGUUUAGCUGAGGAUAUGUUGGAAAAACUACCUAAGCAGUAUGUUACUUUCGAAGUUCGAGAGGCUCUACAAAAGAUGGGCGCAUUUUUACCAAUGAAUAUUUUUUUAAGACAAGAGAUAGACAGAAUACAGCGAGUCAUAAAAACAGUAUUCACGACUUUAUGCGAUUUGAAACUGGCUAUUGAUGGAACGAUCGUAAUGAGCCAAGGGCUACGAGAGUCUUUAGAUGCUAUGUACGAUGCAAGAAUACCCAGUCAAUGGUCGAAGGUAUCAUGGGAAUCAGCAACCUUAGGGUUUUGGUACACUGAGCUAUUGGAACGGGAGCAGCAGUACAGAGCGUGGCUCCGGAAUGGCAGACCUCAUACAUUUUGGAUGACAGGCUUCUUCAAUCCACAAGGCUUUUUGACAGCUAUGAGACAGGAAGUAACAAGAAGCCAUAAAGGAUGGGCUUUAGAUUCGGUCGUCUUACAAAAUCAUAUAACGAAGCUCAAUCGUGAGGACGUACACGAAGGACCGUCAGAAGGUGUUUAUGUUUACGGCUUGUUUCUUGAAGGCGCUUCUCUGGACAGAAAAACAGGCAAACUCAUUGAAUCCAAACCUAAAGUUCUUUAUGAACAAAUGCCAGUAAUUUAUAUAUUCGCAAUAAACACAACCGCGGGAAAAGAUCCUAGAUUAUACGAGUGUCCCAUCUAUAGGAAGCCCCAACGAACCGACGCCAAGUACGUGGGGUCAAUCGACUUUGAAACCGACAGCAAUCCCCGACAUUGGACCUUACGAGGAGUAGCUCUCCUUUGCGACAUCAAAUAAAAUCAAAUAA